CAGUUGUUCAAGAGGAACCAGAUGGUUUUCAGCAUGAAUGGGGUCAUGAAGGGCAGGUUCUGUUAGGCUGGUACAGUUGUUCGCAAAUAGAAAAGUAGUGAUAACUGGAAUCCCUGGCUUCAGUUCCCUUGCUUGGUUUCUUUUGCCUGCUUGAAACUGUUCUUCUUGGAUUUGUGUAACUAACUCUCAAUCAUUUAUGGAAUCUGUAAAGUUUUGACCACCAGGCUACUGUUGAGUGUUUUGGGCUUCAAUGCCCUUUUUAUUUGUUAAUGAGUGGUCGGACUAAGUUUCAGCAACUGCUCGGAAAAAAUGAACUGGAGGCUAAAGAAGCUUGUAAUUGGCUGCGGGCUGCUGGAUUUCCGCAAUAUGCCCAGCUCUACGAAGCGGGACAGUUUCCUUUAGACAUCUCCUCUGUGAAAAAAGACCAUGGGUUUCUGGACCAGGAUUCACUUAAGUCACUAUGCAGGAGGCUGUCAACCUUGAACAAGUGUGCCUCCAUGAGACUGGAGGUCCAUUUUCAGUGCAAACAGAGUGAAGACUCUGAGGAGGAUGACCUGUGUGCCAUCAGUGACCGCUGGGCAUUCCAGCGAGAGAGUAAGACAUGGUCCCGACUGCGUACACUCUCCCCACACGUCUCCACCACCCUGCACCCUUUGAGGGCCUCUGCCAGUAGUGAGAGCAUCCUGAGUGACUUCAGCAACCUGGAGGUCACCUCCACCCACAGCAGUAGCAGCCUGAGUGUGAAGAGUGACAGAGGUACCACUUCCAGCAACCCCUCCAGUCAGGUCACCAGCACGGCAGAGCCCUACACCCUUACCUCCCACCAUGACUCCCAUGGUUCCCACUCUCCCAAUGGAUCCACCUGUGAGGACCAGCCUGUGUCUCCAAAAGACCUGCUUACUGUUCCUGUCAGCAGAGAGAAGACCAAGAGGUGUUCCAAUACCUUCCUGAAGAGAAUGGAGUCGUUCAAGAAAAAGGAUAAAGAGAGGGAAGUGACAGAUGGCCAAGCUGUGACCUCUCCACUGCAGUUCCCUCUAACCCCUGGCAGUUUGCAUUGCACUUCCAAUGAAAGUCUACCUGGUUUAAAAAACAACACUACAGAAAAGAGCAGUGUAAAUUACAGCAGAAAAGCUCAUACUAUCUGUCGUACAGGCCGUAGGUCCCCAGUUGUGGACAGAGCUAAUGCGAAGAGCAGUUGGCUCUAUCUAGAGGACUAUGACAUGGCAGGGUGGAAGGGGGCUAAACAGGUUAUUCAGAAGAGUGGCUAUAAAAAUGGACUGGAUUGUCUGGUUCAUCUGCCAAUGGACCACAAGCCAGGCACGUUCCCCAAGUCCCUAUCCAUCGAGAGCCUGUGCACUACUUCCACCUCUCAUGAGCUGCGUGAAUGGCAGAUGGAGGACGUAAACCUCUCCCUGGGCAGCAGUCACGAGUCCCAGGAAUUCAACAUGUUUCCUAUAAGAAGAAACUCGUGUUCCUCAGUGGGGAGCAUCUAUGACAAUGUAAAUGAGGCUAGUGGCAGUUCAGACGAGUUGAGAGAGAAGGUCUUUGAGCACCUGGAUGAUAUCCUUCAACAUGUCCAUGGCCUUCAGCAGAAUAUAGACCAGUGGUCCAAGAAGGUGUGUCAGGAGCUCAGUGACAAGCAUGAGGAAGAGGAGGACACUGACGAGACCAGAGAAACAACAUUCUCCUCCAGCCUCCAUUUUGAGGAGCAGUCUAUGUCAGAUGUAGGCACGAUGGCCAGUGACUACGACAGCACAGGAAACUCUUUGAAUGAGGUGGAGGAUGUUGAGACAAGAGAACGAAGGGACUCAGGAGUGGGUGCUUCCUUAACCAGGCCAAGCAGGAAGCUACGGUGGCAUAGUUUCCAGAACUCCCACAGGCCGAGCCUGACUUCAGCCUCCCAGGAAAUUAACCGCCAGUCAGCUGCUCAGCUCAACCUUCUGCAAAAGUUCUCUCUGCUCCGGCUCACUGCUAUAAUGGAGAAAUACUGCGAACCCAACAAACAUGGCUGGAGCUGGUCUAUUCCUAAGUUUAUGAAGAGGAGUAAGGUCCCUGACUACAGGGACAAACAGGUUUUUGGUGUUCCACCAAUAAUCAAUGUCCAAAGGAGUGGGCAACCCCUACCCCAGAGCAUCCAGCAGGCCAUGCGCUACCUCCGCAGCCAAUGUCUGGAAAAGGUUGGCAUUUUCCGUAAGUCUGGGGUGAAGUCUCGGAUCCAGACUCUGCGGCAGCUGAAUGAAAAUUCCCCAGACCACGUGAGGUACCAGGGCCAAUCAGCCUACGAUGUGGCCGACCUGCUGAAACAGUACUUCAGAGACCUGCCUGAGCCUGUCCUCACCACCAAGCUCACUGAAACCUUCCUGCAGAUCUACCAAUGUGUCCCGAAGGACAUGCGUCUUCAGGCAGCCCAGGCUGCAGUCAUCCUUCUGCCUGACGAAAACCGGGAGGUACUGCAGACCCUGCUCUACUUCCUCAGUGACAUCGCCUCUGCCGAGGAGAACCAGAUGACAGCUGGGAACCUGGCUGUGUGCCUGGCCCCCUCCAUCCUACACCUCAACAUCUCCAAGAAAGAGGGCACCUCCCCCAGAUUAAUCCACCGAAGGGGGGCAGGGGGAAAACCGGACCACAAGGACCUGAGUGAGAACAUGGCUGCCACUCAAGGACUCAGCCACAUGAUUGUGGAGUGCAAGAAAUUAUUCCAGAUCCCUCAUGAGAUGAUGCUGCAGUCGCGGAACUCCUAUGUCGCAGCAGAUGCCCAGCCACUCCCUCUCCACGGCUUGGGCCUAAACAUGAAGGGCGAGCCUGUGGAUUACAGAGCCUACUUGGAGGAUAAUAUCCAGGCUCUACUGAGGGAGUCCACAGAGAAGAGCAAAGGAUGGCACAGUGCCCUGGGCCCAGAAAACACAGAGCUGACAUACAAGAAGGUAGGGGAUGGCCAUCCUAUCCGUCUUUGGAAAGUGACCACCGAGAUCGAGGCCCCGCCCCAGACAGUGUUGCACAGAGUUCUGCGUGAGCGCCACCUGUGGGAUGAUGACCUGCUCCACAGCCGUGUAAUCGAGGCUCUUGAGAACAACACAGAGGUGUAUCACUAUGUGACAGACAGCAUGGCACCUCAUCCCCGCAGGGACUUCGUAGUGCUUAGACGGUGGUGUAGUGACCUUCCUCAGGGCCUGUGUCUGCUAGUGUCCUCCUCUGUGGACCAUGACAAUGUGCACCUGGAGGCAGGGCUACGGGCAGUGCUGCUCACCUCACGGGUCCUGAUUGAGCCCUCAGGGAUGGGCCGGUCCAGGCUGACGCAUUACUGCAGAGCAGACGUCAGGGGACGAUCACCUGAGUGGUACAACAAAGUGUUUGGCCAUCUCUGUGCGGUGGAGGUUGCUAGGAUACGGGGCUCCUUCCCUGUGCUGACAGUGAAAGGAACCGAGACAAAGCUUUGAACUUUGAGAUGGACCGUCGGCCCACUUGAGACACGUGCUGCCUACAGCACACAAUGACUCAAAUGAAGGGUGCCUAUCUGUAGCAUUAUAUUACAUCUGCCUGAUAAACUCUCCAGUGUCAUCAACAGGGUACUGUCAGGAUGUGGACUCUCACUCAGAUUGCACUGAUGCCCCAUGAGGAGCCACUGAGGGAAUGUCAGCAAUAUUUACAAAUCUAAACCAGCCUAUGCAUUAACUGACCAUAAAACAUUAAAACGUACCUUGAAAGAAAGAAAAUAGAUCGUUUCUUUAUGCAAAAGCCAUUCUUUUGAAAGAUUUAUGAGUCCCACCGCGACAUCCGUGCAAUUUGGACUUCUUACCCGUUUAACAUCUUGUGUUUGAGCUACAGAUUUCUGGGUUGUACUAUUGGAUACAUCUAUUUCUUCUGCAUCUGUGUGAUUAACGGGGCUGAGCUAGAGCGGAGUCUGUGAGACUGGUGGAUCCCGAAAGGGCCCGGGGCCGGAUCUUUUCACAAAGUAAGAGAGAGUCCGAAUGGUUUGAGCUACACUAUUAAAAGCUAUCUAUGAAAAGCUGGGAUUCUCACAAAUACACACAUGUAACAUGUUUUACUUUAUGACAGACAAGCUACACAACAGGUGUUAGAAGGUAAAGGGUUCUUCUACAUAGAAGAUCAUAGGAAAUCCCAGGACAUAGUGUCUAUAAAACUGUAAGGGGUUCUUCUACAUAGAAGAUCAUAGGGAAUCCCAGGACAUAGUGUCUAUAAAACUAUAAGGGGUUCUUCUACAUAGAAGAACAUAGGAAAUCCCAGAACAUAGCGUCUAUAAUGCUGUAAUAAGCACACAUAGUUGUUGUCACAAACUCCAAACUCCACAAAGUUUUCACCGACUAGUUGGAUAUUAAUUUCCCACUGAGCAAACCAUUUCUGUGCUUACAGCAUUCAUAUCAAUUCAUUUUUAUUCGGUUUUUGCUUUGGCUUUUAUUUUUUUAUUGACUUUUGACAAUAAAACACAUGAAUGCAACUGUUUAUGUCACAUUGUUGCCCUGGUUGCCCUGAAAAUAAAAUGGUUAAACACUUAUUUGUGAAGCUAAAUAUAAGGGCUGGACAUGCAGAUAAAUGAAAGCAAGAUACAGUGCCUUGCGAAAGUAUUCGGCCCCCUUGAACUUUGCGACCUUUUGCCACAUUUCAGGCUUCAAACAUAAAUAUAUAAAACUGUAGUGGAACAACAUUUAUUGGAUAUUUCAAACUUUUUUAACAAAUCAAAAACUGAAAAAUUGGGCGUGCAAAAUUACAGCCCCUUUACUUUCAGUGCAGCAAACUCUCUCCAGAAGUUCAGUGAGGAUCUCUGAAUGAUCAAAUGUUGACCUAAAUGACUAAUGAUGAUAAAUACAAUCCACCUGUGUGUAAUCAAGUCUCUGUAUAAAUGCACCUGCACUGUGAUAGUCUCAGAGGUCCGUUAAAAGCGCAGAGAGCAUCAUGAAGAACAAGGAACACACCAGGCAGGUCCGAGAUACUGUUGUGAAGAAGUUUAAAGCCGGAUUUGGAUACAAAAAGAUUUCCCAAGCUUUAAACAUCCCAAGGAGCACUGUGCAAGCGAUAAUAUUGAAAUGGAAGGAGUAUCAGACCACUGCAAAUCUACCAAGACCUGGCCGUCCCUCUAAACUUUCAGCUCAUACAAGGAGAAGACUGAUCAGAGAUGCAGCCAAGAGGCCCAUGAUCACUCUGGAUGAACUGCAGAGAUCUACAGCUGAGGUGGGAGACUCUGUCCAUAGGACAACAAUCCGUCGUAUAUUGCACAAAUCUGGCCUUUAUGGAAGAGUGGCAAGAAGAAAGCCAUUUCUUAAAGAUAUCCAUAAAAAGUGUUGUUUAAAGUUUGCCACAAGCCACCUGGGAGACACACCAAACAUGUGGAAGAAGGUGCUCUGGUCAGAUGAAACCAAAAUGGAACUUUUUGGCAACAAUGCAAAACGUUAUGUUUGGCGUAAAAGCAACACAGCUCAUCACCCUGAACACACCAUCCCCACUGUCAAACACGGUGGUGGCAACAUCAUGGUUUGGGCCUGCUUUUCUUCGGCAGGGACAGGGAAGAUGGUUAAAAUUGAUGGGAAGAUGGAUGGAGCCAAAUACAGGACCAUUCUGGAAGAAAACCUGAUGGAGUCUGCAAAAGACCUGAGACUGGGACGGAGAUUUGUCUUCCAACAAGACAAUGAUCCAAAACAUAAAGCAAAAUCUACAAUGGAAUUGUUCAAAAAUAAACAUAUCCAGGUGUUAUAAUGGCCAAGUCAAAGUCCAGACCUUAAUCCAAUCGAGAAUCUGUGGAAAGAACUGAAAACUGCUGUUCACAAAUGCUCUCCAUCCAACCUCACUGAGCUCGAGCUGUUUUGCAAGGAGGAAUGGGAAAAAGUUUCAGUCUCUCAAUGUGCAAAACUGAUAGAGACAUACCCCAAGCGACUUACAGCUGUAAUCGCAGCAAAAGGUGGCGCUACAAAGUAUUAAUUUAAGGGGGCUGAAUAAUUUUGCACGCCCAAUUUUUCAGUUUUUGAUUUGUUAAAAAAGUUUGAAAUAUCCAAUAAAUGUCGUUCCACUUCAUGAUUGUGUCCCACUUGUUGUUGAUUCUUCACAAAAAAAUACAGUUUUAUAUCUUUAUGUUUGAAGCCUGAAAUAUGGCAAAAGGUCGCAAAGUUCAAGGGGGCCGAAUACUUUCGCAAGGCACUGUAAAUGAAAAUACAAUUUUUGCUGGUGUCUCGGGACUUAAAGGGUUAAUGCUGACUUAUCAAGACUUAUGGCGAUGAUGCCAAAAUGCCAUGGAAUGUUUUUAGCUGCAACUAGCUUUACACAAUAAGCUAGUACACAAUCAGGAGAGCUCUAUAGAAACCAUUCAUGCUUGUACUGUAUGCUAUGCAAUUUCUUCAUGAUAAAUUCACAGAGCUAAUAUAUUUGACUAUCGUCAUUAGAUGUGUUUCAAACUUGAGAAUGGCACUUUUUUUUACUUAGAUGUUAGAGAGAAAAGUGUUUGUUACUGAGGCUCCUUGGUGGGUGGUAGUGUGUCUUAAAACACUGUGCAUUUUCAGGCCUUGCUUCAGCCCUACAUUUUCAGUAACUUUUUAUUUUACUCAAGUGUUUAUCAUAAGAGGGGACUCUACUCUGGACUUCCUGUUUUGUCUCUUAUUUUUACUCUUCUCUUUAAAAGACUAACUGGUUAACCUCCUCUCACUCUAAUUUAGCUAUUGCUUAGCUGCUGAGCUAUAGGGAUCAUUCUUCUUCCUCAGAUCUUCAGAAGUUUAGAAAUGGGAACAGAGCCAUUUGUGAAAUAGGCAAAUAUCUGUCCACCGAGCACCAAACUAUAAGAUAUAAGCAUGGGGCGCAAACAUGUGCAUAAUUCACGCUUUGAUGUCCGUUUAAGAUUUAUUCAUGAGUAAUUGCUUGUGUCAGAAUUUGCGAUCAUGAUGAGAAGGGACAAGGAUUAUGACACACUCAAAAGUAGACAGACAACCUGAGCUUUAGACAGCGUUUGUGUAGAUUGCUUACUUACUGUGUGUGUCUGCAGUAUUAUUGUAUUUUAUUGUGUCUCAGUAAUCCGUGUUUUAUUUAUGUCUGUAUGAAUGAGUCUUCGUAUGAGUCACAGGAAUGUGACUACCUCUGUCUGUACAGAAUCGAACCAUUGACGUAUUAUUCUGUUGGGCAUUAUAUACAGGAAUGGUUUUUAAUUAGAUCUCAUUUUAAUCUGAGUUAUGCAAUGGGUGGAAGUGCAAUGACUGAAUGCAUGUAACCUUUUUCAGUGUUUUUUUAAUGCCAUAUGCUUUAACAUACAAACAUUAAUAGCCCGUACACCUAAAUGGGAUUACUCCCACUGAAUAACUAAUGCAAUGAACAUAAUUUAAACAAUUGUGGGGAAGUAAUAGCCAUAAACACAAGUAUUACAUAUCUGUGAACUACAGGGUAGUUUUGAGUGAAUACUUUUUGUAACAUAACAGGCCAUUGUAUUGUACUCAAUGAAGCAGUUGUAAAUAACUUGCAUUUUAGCCCACAACAAUGUGUUCAUCUUAUUUGUCUCAUCUAUUACUAUUUACUCUUCCUUUACUACCUAUUUGUAUUAUACAACUCUGACUGUAAAAUAGAGUAGAAAAUAAAUAAACAAAUAUUGAAAAACGAA